ACAGGAAAAGAUGGCGUUUUGUGGACUUUUCACUUGUUAGAUCAAUAUAAACAAGAACUUGUGGAUUGGUGCUGUUUUUUACUGUUCAAACAAAGUUAGAAGGAUAUGUUUGGAUAUAAUGAUGUAGUCUAUUUUAACUCUGCAUACAGGAGAUUAUAAUGUUGAUCAAAGCUUGAAGUUGUAUGCAUGAUGUACCCGUACUCUUCAUAAGUGAUCUAGGCCUUGUUGGUGAUAAACAUGGAGGCCUUUAUUUUGAAUUGUGACUUCUCCUCUGUCAAUGAUGACAUUGCAAAUCAAUUCUGGGAGAGGAUCAACAUAUUCGAAACAGAGUUAUCAUCCCUGGAUUGUAACGGGACUCUGAGUAUAAUUGAAGCAUUCCAGAGAAAAGUGUGUGUCGCAGGCUUCCCAGCUCUACGGACUCCAGGGUUUGACCUGGCUGAACGCAUUUUAAAGAUCUUACUAAAUGCAUCAAGUGAGAAAGUAAAAGAGAAUUUGAUUUCGUCGGAGACUUUGGAGGACAAAUUCGUGGACUUUUAUGUGGCUCUGUUAAAAUCAGGACCAGGGAGCGGUCAUUGUGAAUUUCUCAAAACCGUUACAAAGCACAUAGAGUUCAAGGAUUUAUACGGAGAUAAACUACAGAAAGUCGUUGAAGGAUUUAAAGCCAUCUCUUCUGUGGAUGAGGCAGAUGUAUCCACCUAUAGCAACACAGUACAGCGGUUAUACCCAGAACAACUGGAUAACAUGGUCAUCAGGAGUGACAAGGAACGUUUGAUGUUGCCUGAGGUCCACAAAGCUUGCCUGGACCUGUUCAUCUUUUAUCUGGUUCAGCUCCCUCAGGUACCGGUCACACUGAGAAAAACAUUCAACAGUGCCCAGGACAAAAUCUACCAGGCCUACGACAGGCAGCCAUUUUCUGGUUUACAAGAUGUGGAUUUCUACAGGAAACAGCUCGUGAUGCUUCAAAAUUUCAUCAAGGAUCCAGAGUUCCCUCAGAGUCAAGAAAUCGCUGAAAAAACAAAAUAUAAACUGAAAGAUGUAUUUCAGAUUAAGGACUCGGGUAUGAUAGAGGGGAUUUACGGAGACAUCGCGGAGUUGCUGAAGGCUCUGAGUCUGAAGACGUUAGCUCCAGAGGAGUCCAGUCUGUUAGAGAGAUUAGACGGAUUCUAUAGGUAUCUCCCAGAGGAAUGCUUUAAGAAUCCUAAGUUGUUUGAGGUAUGGGUUGUGACAGCAGUGGAGAUCCUCAAAGAAUCUCCGAGGAAUGCGACAACUGGUGACGAGCUGGAAAACGCGGCGGAAAAGUACAUACGUCAUCUAAAACCAAAGGCAGAGCUGGCCAGACUUUGGUUGUCCUUUGUUGUCCGAUGUUGUCAGUGGUGUCACAAAAAUCUAAUGGAGGCUGCUAAUCAGAUCAUUGCCGACAAUAAAUGGAAAGGCACCUGGAAGUGGAAGGAAAAUGUUACCUUAGCUAAGGAGAUGAUAGUAGCUCUGACGACCGUGGAUUAUUCCGUGUGUGAAAAUGUGGAGGAUUACUCAUCCAAGGCUGAAUCAUUUGUGGAGAACCUCAUGAAACAACUUGAAUUACUUAAAGUGGCCAAACAAGUGGAGGUGGAGUUAGCGGAGCUUGUCAUGGUAACUAUGGAAGCUGUCGGCAAGGAGAUAAUGGUGGACUCACUGUGUAAAUCAGCAAGUGAAUUUGUGUCCUUACAGAACAACAAGCACCUGAUAGCUGGCUACUUGGACCGGUUCCUGUGUCUGUUGAAGACUGAGGAUUAUGACUGGGACACGGGGUGGAUGUGUACUGCAGCGAUUGAAUUCUUCAACAACCUCGUCAAGUCAUCAAGUGGAGAUGAAGUGCGGGAUCUGGAGAUGGAUGAUGCUAUCCUACGCGUCUUCCUCUUCUGUCUGUCGGAGGAGCGGGAGUACAUAAGUCUACAGAGGCAGCACCUCAAUAUCUAUGGCCUGAUAGCAGUAGCUGGAUUACCGCAGUACAUCAACCUGCACAGAGAGAAGAAGACAUUGGGUCGACUGAAGCCAUUAUUUCCUCAUGUACAGCGGCUGAUGAACAAUGAGGAGGAGCUAAUUAGCUCUAAUAUGAGGAGCAUCAUGCAGCUGUUUGGGCCAGAGACGUCCCAGUUAAUGGACACGGCGGGCAUGGAGGGGCUGAUCCAGCUCUAUCUCAGGGAGAAGGAUUUCAGCACACUAAAUGCUAUAUCAGCUGGUUAUGAUGGAAAGUCAGAGACGUUUGAAACCUACUUUCUGCCCCUGAUUCAGACAUUUUCCCAGAAAACACAGACAAACGAACUGGCAAUGCAGGCCAUGUUGAUAAAGAAAGUGUCGGAGAACCAGCCUGAGUUGUUCACCACAGAAGUCUUGGAGUUGCUGUUUAAGCAUCACUUUAUGGACAGAAAUGUCAACCCCCAGGUACUGGUAGUACUGGAGACAGUAUCUAAAACUCAGGCUGAAAAUCUGGAGUCCUUUGUGGAGGAAUAUCUAAUGAAGACUGAACUCAUGAUGGAACUAACUGCUCACUACCAAUUCACCAUCUUAGUAAGGAUAGCAGCUAAAUGUAAGAAUAAACAAGGCGUAGUUUAUACAUAUUUGAUGAAGCGACUGAAAGAAUCCAACACUGAACAAGUUCUGACAUCAAGCAUACAGGGACUGAGAGAAUUACAUUCAAUCUGUGGUGCUGAAAUAUUCACCUCAGAAGACAGGAAGUAUAUAGAGAGUUUGAAAACAAAGGGAAUGUCUCAAACCUUGAGAGAUCUAGCAGAUAAUCUGAUAGAUGAAUUGGAAGGCAGAAGUCUAGAGGGAGUGUCCAAAGGCAUUGAAGAGCAGUCAGGACAGAUAGAAAAGUUAGAGGUGGGCGUGGCAGGAACAAAGGUAGUACUGAAAAAGGUACAGAGAGACGUCAAUCAGCAGGGAGAGGAGAUAGACAGUGUCAGGGAGGGGCUGGGAGAGGUCAACACGCGGGUGGAUCGCGUAGAGGUGGAAGUGGAGGAGACAAAAGAGAGAGUGGAGGAGGUGGAUAAAAAGACAAUGAGUAAUGCCCCUACUUGGUCUCGAGAUGUUACAAAGCUGUUGAACCCGGAAUCUGAGCAUGACUGGAGACUCCUGGCUAGUCGCCUUGGUUACAGUCCUGAUGACAUCAGAGGCUGGGCCACCCAAUCAGAUCCCUGCAUGGCCCUGCUGAGUGAAUGGUAUGCCACACACAAGACAUUUGAGGCUUCUAAAGGUGUGCUGAAUAUCCUGCAGGAGAUGAAUCGUUUGGAUGCUGCCAUUAUUGUAGAAAAUGCCAUGAAAGCUGCAGAGGGUGUUGUGGCAGAUGAGCCAGUGGAUUACCCAGAACCCCCUGAGAUCUUCCUUAGUUACCAGUGGGGUCACCAGAAUGAGGUCAAACUCAUCAGUCGCCACCUGGAGAUGGCAGGGUAUAAAUGCUGGAUGGAUGUUGGGCAGAUGGGGGGUGGGGAUAAACUGUUUGAGAAGAUUGAUUCUGGGAUAAGAGCGGCCAAAGUUGUCAUCUCUUGUGUGACAGAGAAAUACGCAAAAUCACCCAACUGUAACAGAGAGGUCAAUUUGUCUGUGAACCUUGGGAAACCUAUGAUCCCGCUUCUCUUAGAGAAAAUGCCAUGGCCCCCAAUGGGUUCAAUGGGACCAAUCUUCAGUGAGUACCUGUUCAUCCGAUUUUUCCAAAGGCCAGGGGAGGAAACCAAGGAUGACCGAAUCUGGCCAACUGCCAAGUUUACGGAACUUCUCAUGCAGCUCAACUGUUUGAAAGUGAUGCCAGAUCAGCAGAAUAUUUCACAAGAGUAUAAGAAUUGGUGGAUACCAGUGGUGGAGAACAUUGUAAUCCCUAGAAAACCAGACAGAAAGGGGAACAACUCACCUCCAGCACCUGACAAACAGAAGGCUACAUCAGAGGUGGUCUCCCCUGACAUUUUCAUCUCUUACCAGUGGGGUAAACAGAAGGAGAUAUCAGCCCUGUACCAGAGACUGACCAGUCAGGGCUUCACCUGCUGGAUGGACAUCCACCAAAUGGGGGGAGGGGAUUCCCUGUAUGACAAGAUUGACCGGGGGGUCAGAGGUUGUAAGGUCGUCCUGUCCUCAGUCACCACCAAGUAUGCUCUGUCUGCCAACUGUAGGAGAGAAGUCAGUCUGGCUGAUGCUCUGAAGAAACCUAUCAUCCCCAUGCUGAUGGAAAAAAUAGACUGGCCCCCAGGUGGACCAAUGAGCAUGGUUCUUACACAACUAUUGUAUGUUAACUUCUCAAAGGAUGAGUCCAUUCAGUUAUUAUGGGAGGGAAAAGCAUUUGAUGAACUGCUUAAGAAGAUUGAGGAACACAUUCCCAAUGAAAGUACUUAUCAGGAUGAGAAGACAGAGAGAACAUUAAAUGCCUCAAAAUCUGUAAACUCUUCUGUAAAUGGUAGUGAUGGAAAAAAGCAAGGUGACCUUGAAAGAGAAAAUCCCUCCAUUCAGAAAAUUAAACCACCAUCAGCGUCUGCUCAACCACAGACAAAGUCUGCUAGUGUUGACCAAAAUAGUCAAGUACAGUCCUACACCAAUGAUCAGUCAGACAAAAAUGACGCCAAAAAGAAAUCAGCAGCUUGUUGUGUACUGUAAUAUAUUGGUGCAAUU